AUGAACUCUUACGAGAUCCCCAAAGACCAAGCUGCAGCGUACCACCUCGGAAAGCUCGACGCUCAGCUUCGUGCUGAGCGCGAAGCCCGCAUCCGUGCUGAGCAGACCGUUGCCUGUCUGCUCGGGCUCCGCGUUGACGAGCACGGCCCGCCUGCUGCCAGCAAUCUCUCCGGUUCCGGCACAGCCAGCAAGUCCGACACGGGGCUGCUUCAGCAGCGGCUUGAGGAGCUCAGGCUAGAGGUGGAGCUGGAGAGGCUGAAGGCGAAGCUUCACCAUGACAAGCGCCCCGGCUCCAACGCAGUCCUUGGAGGUGUAGUCCACGCUUCUCCGGCAAAGAUGGAGGAUGCACUGCCUCCCGAGAUGGUAAUUGAUCCUCCGACCGUCUAUAACUCUUCAGAGCAGUUUGCAAAAAGGGCAGAGCUUGGACAUCAGGACCGCUCCGAGGAGACCGACAUCCCAGCGGCAGAAUGGAUGCACCCAACAAAGAAGGAAGAGCGGAAGCCCAAGGAACCCACAAAGUCGCGUCAUAAGAGCUACUUUGCCCCUUCUUCUGCAGCUGCUCCUGGGGAUGUGACUGCGGUCGAGGAAUCUGCCGAGGUCCACGCUCCGGAGCCCGUCCGACCGACCGUAUCCGCAAAGAGCUUCUCGCAAACCCAGCACAGGGACGAGACGACGCGGUUCGGCCGCUUCGAAAGGGAUCAACUCCGUCCUCCUCGCUCUCAUGGCCGUCCGCCGCCCAACCCUCGCCCUUUCUAUCCUGGAUACUUCCCCCAGCCCUGGCCACCGCAGAUCUCACCUCGACCUUACUUUGGUGGUAGCAAGCUGAUCUCUUACGCCGACCUCGACCGGCCUGUUGAGGCCCCCCUGCCACUGCACGAACAACCGUCGAGCGGCUACCUGGACUUUAGCGAGGACCUCUACGACGAGCCGUCGGCCUCGAAAGUCGAUAACAAGAAGGCGACCGCCACGUCUACCCCCUCUUCUUAUCAGCUUGUCCCAGAGUCUUACGGACUCAAGCGGAGCAUUCACGCAAGGAGCCCGUACUGGCCCAUCUUCAAGUCCGCCCUGCAUAACCACCGCCAUGUGGACGUCACCAACAUCCUCUCCAUAGAGUCCAUCCCUGGCCUCAUGGAACAGGCGUCCAAGAGCUACCUCCUCCUCUCCGUCACCCCGCCAAAAAAGACAGUCUGUGUCGUCUCCCCAACCGAGGUGGCCACUAGCUACGCGCUGACGCUCGAGUUCGCCCGCGGCGAUGCUGCUGCUGACUUUGUCCGUUCUACCGAGUACGCCUCGCCGAGGGAAAAAGGAUGUAGCAAUGACUUCAAAGCCACCCAGCACUGUGGCCCAAGCCCUCCUAUCCCCAUCGAGAUUGGUGAGGUCGUCUGGCGCGGCGGUGCAAGCAGAACGCUUGUCAUUGAGGAUCCCGGUGCCGCCCUACGCGUUCCGGCGAACUUGCGCUAUCAAAUCGAGCACUGUCCAUACACUACCAGCGGCAAGGAUGGCGGAAAGGGUGGUGGUAGCGCAGGUGGAUGCGAUGGUAGGCUGCAAGAUCCGCCCGAGUUCCUGCAGGAUGGCUCGAUUAGGUUGGUUUUCUGGGACAUAAGGGAUGCGGUUGUGGCGUAUAAGAAGUGGACCACGAGCCCACUGUUCAAGCGGACAGAGAUAAGCUACGAGAGAUACGGUGUACUGCCGGAGCUGGAAGGAGAGGAGGACGGCGAGGGGGAUCCGAGCGCCGGUAGAGAGGACAUGGCUAGAGGCAUACAGGAGAGCGACGGGAAGCACGAUGAAGACCCCAAGAACAGCGAAACCAGUGGAAAGGACAUCGAAACCCACGGCGCCAUGACCUCCGCCAUCGCCUCCGUCGGAAUCGAGAGGGAGGAAGAUGACGGCUACGCCGCGGGUAGCAGCGAGGAUAUGGAGAACUCAGUCAUCCUCUCUCCGAAGUGCAGCAUCUCGAGGGAGGAGCCAAAUAUGCAGCCAGCCAAUGCUAGCCAGCGAAGCCCCAUCCCCACCAGACACCAGCCCGCCGCUAGCCCUCGCCGCCGCAUCGGGGUCUACCUCUCUUCUCAUGAGCAUGACUUGAGCGUCGAGUCCACUACCGAAGAUGAAGAUGAAGACGACCUCGACCGUGACGCCACUCGCCACCCAGCAGCUGGAAUCAACCACAACACCAUCCUCAACUACGAUGGAACUUCUGACGACAUAGAGGAAGGCGAGAUCCGCGAACCCCCGGCCAUACCAGCGGAGAAGUUACUCACUUCAGGGACUAUUCCUCAGGAGCCCGAUUCCGCAUGA